GUCUAUUUUUUUUUUUUUUUUUUUUUUUGUAUAGUAAGUUUUUUUUAGGAGGCUUUAUACCCUUCUUACAAUUAUUAAGAUCCUUUGUAUUUGAUCAUAAUCCAUCUAUGAACUUAAAAUUAUUCAAGUGGACCAAAAAAGAAAAAAGCCCAUCCCCAAAUCAAAAAAAUUUGAAUCGGUAAGAGCAGACGAGAGGGAAACCAACACUUUGACUACCGUUACAAUUUCAAAUUCCAAAUCCCACAUAUAUCCGCUCCUCUCCCACAUCUCUCUCAAUCCCCAAACCCUAAUCCACCAUGGAAGACAAAUACGAGAAGCUCGAAAAGGUAGGCGAAGGUACCUACGGCAAAGUCUACAAAGCCAAAGACAAAAACACCGGCGAACUCGUCGCCUUGAAAAAAACCCGACUCGAAAUGGACGAAGAAGGAAUCCCACCCACCGCGCUUCGCGAGAUCUCUCUCUUACAAAUGCUCUCAACUUCAAUCUACAUCGUUCGUCUUCUUUGUGUUCAACACAUCCAGCACAAAGGCAAACCUAUACUUUACCUCGUGUUUGAGUAUCUGGAUACAGAUCUGAAGAAGUUUAUUGACUCGCACCGUAAAGGACCGAAUCCUUCGCCUCUUCCCCCGUCGCAGAUCCAGAGUUUUCUGUACCAGUUGUUGAAAGGUGUGGCUCAUUGUCAUGGCCAUGGUGUGCUUCACCGAGAUCUAAAGCCGCAGAACUUGUUGGUUGAUAAGGAAAAGGGGAUUUUGAAGAUUGCGGAUCUUGGGUUGGGUCGGGCGUUUACAGUUCCGCUUAAAAGCUAUACUCAUGAGAUUGUUACGCUUUGGUAUAGGGCUCCAGAGGUUCUGUUGGGAUCGGCUCAUUACUCGACUGGAGUUGAUAUGUGGUCUGUCGGUUGUAUUUUCGCUGAAAUGUCAAGAAGACAAGCUUUGUUUCCUGGUGAUUCUGAGUUCCAACAACUGCUUCAUAUAUUCAGGCUGCUCGGGACACCAACCGAGGAGGUGUGGCCAGGGGUUAGCAGCCUAAAGGACUGGCAUGUCUAUCCGCGUUGGGAAGCACAGAAUUUGGCACGCGCUGUUCCGUCAUUGGGGCCUGAGGGUGUAGACCUUCUAUCGAAAAUGCUGAAAUACGACCCUGCUGACAGGAUUUCGGCUAAACAUGCUAUGGAUCAUCCUUAUUUCGACAGCCUUGACAGAUCACAGUUCUGAUGCUUUUGUCCUGCUGUUUGAUUGUAAGAAAUCAUCAUCAUCUUGGUGAUUGAUUAUACCGUGUGAUAUGCAUUCUACAAGUUAUGUUCUUUAUCCUACAAGUGUUAUGUGUUUAUCGUGCUUCUGUAGUAUGUCAUCCAACAAGAACUCAUCUACAAUUCCCUAUUGUGAUAUACAAAUAUUAUGUUUUCUCAUUGCGUA